CCAGCUGAGCCGGUUGCGGCCGCGGAAGCGCCGGGCCUCGUCGUCUUCGUCGUUGUCGUCGUCGUCGUCGUCGUCGUCCUCCUCCUCCUCCUCCUCCGCCGCCGCCUCCGCCUCCGCCUCCUUCUCCUCGGCUCGGCCCCGCCGCCGCGGCCGACAUGAGCUUCUUGUUUGGUAGCCGGUCUUCUAAAACAUUUAAACCAAAGAAGAACAUUCCAGAGGGAUCUCAUCAAUAUGAGCUCUUAAAGCACGCAGAAGCCACACUUGGCAGUGGCAAUCUUCGGAUGGCUGUCAUGCUUCCAGAGGGAGAAGAUUUAAAUGAGUGGGUUGCAGUAAACACUGUGGAUUUCUUCAAUCAAAUCAACAUGCUUUAUGGAACCAUCACAGAUUUCUGUACAGAGGAAAGCUGUCCGGUGAUGUCUGCUGGCCCAAAAUAUGAAUAUCACUGGGCAGAUGGAACAAACAUAAAGAAGCCUAUUAAGUGCUCUGCACCAAAGUAUAUUGAUUACUUGAUGACCUGGGUUCAGGACCAGUUGGAUGAUGAAACAUUAUUUCCAUCAAAAAUUGGUGUCCCAUUUCCGAAGAAUUUCAUGUCUGUGGCAAAAACUAUACUCAAACGCCUUUUUAGGGUUUAUGCUCACAUUUACCAUCAGCAUUUUGACCCUGUGAUCCAACUUCAGGAGGAAGCACAUCUCAAUACUUCUUUCAAGCACUUUAUUUUUUUUGUCCAGGAAUUCAACCUCAUUGACAGGAGAGAACUUGCACCACUCCAAGAACUGAUUGAAAAGCUCACCUCAAAGGACAGAUAAACGAUGCAGAACUGUGCAAAUUGUUCUUCACAUGAAGCUGUGUGGAGUGUAUUUGUAUUUUUGUUGUAUUUUAUUUUUAUCUCGUUUGUCUUUGGGGGGCUUGUCUGGGUUCUCUUUUCUGAAUAACUGAAACCAUAUGCUAUUGUUAGUGAAAGCCAAGAACAAUUCGCUAUACAUUUGAUAGUGGUAAAUAUUGUCUUAAUGACUUGCAGUAUGUAUGUGUGUAUAUAUAUAUUUUAUAUAUACACAUAUCCUAUAUAUUGAUUUUGGUUACUUGUGGAAUUUAUGACAUGUUUGGAAAGAAAUUGCUUUUUAAUUGGACUGCUGAUGGACUGGGGGUUCUGUGUUAUAUAAUUUGUGGCCAAUUUUUUAUGUCCCCAAAAGACUUAUGUUUUUAAGUGCCUUGGCAGGCUCACUUCUGAGGUGCAAAGCACAGACUUAAAACUAACAGGGCUUGAAACAAUAUUAGGAUUAAUAAUUAUCCAGGGCACUUACUGAUGCAUGUUUAAAAUAACUAUGAUAAAAGCCAUAGUUUACCUAAAUUGGUAAUCUUCAGCUUUUAUUACAUUGAAGAAACAUACUGGUAAAGGUAUGCAUGUAGAACAUAAAAGUAGUAUUCUUAUUUUUUAUAUUGAUAAUAAUUCUGUUCAGCAGAUGUUUAAAGUUCUACAAGCAGGUCUUUUUUCCAUCUCUUGAUAUUUCUGUGAUAGUGAAACUUGAUGUUGAAAUGUAAUACCUGUUGCAUUUUGACUUCUACAUGUUAACUGCACUGUGGGUGUAAAAAUUCAGGUUAUAUAGAAGCUUGCCAUCUUCAGAGGUGAUACUGAACUGUGAGGUUUCUUAGCACUUGCCAAAUGAGCCAUAAAUCUGCAGAAUCCCCUUCACUUUGAGGAGGAGGAGAUAGGAGUGAAUGUUAGAUUGUGUGAGUUGCACGGAUUAUUUUGGAGAGGUAGGGAUGAUACCAUGUAUGGGGGAGCUGAGUUUUAGAAAGUCCUAUCUUAGAACCCGUAAAUAGAAUGGCAUGAAAGUUUUUAAUCAAUUCCUUAUACAAAUAGUCUAAGAGACUAUCUUUUAGUAAACAACUUCCAUGAGAAGUUAAAAAUAAAUUAUUAAUUUUAGGUAUAGACAUUAGACGUGGAAUUUAAGGACUUUGUGGAGGAAAUUAAUUACUUUUCAGCAAUUCCAUUCAGUGAAUGGAGCUGGUUUUUGCCUGUCAUUUUUAAAUGAUAGCGAGAGUAUGUUCUUUGCAUUAUUAUAGACCCAAAUUUUGAAGCUUAUGUCAUCUGAUUUUUCUACUAUGAAGAGAAAUAUUUUUCUUUUCAGUGAUAUCAAAUAAUGAAAGUGCUAAUUUAAGUUACCAAUUUUUGUAAUUUAUUUUUCCAUGGUUAAAAUUUUUAGUGAAUCACCUCCUUAGUAAAAUACUCAAAAAUUUAGUUUUAAAAAUAAAGUGACAUUUUUUCACCUGUUUUAUUCUUGAAAAAUAACUCCUUUCAGAUUUAGUUUUAAUUUUGUCAUUUCUGAGAAAUCUUUUUUUUCAUUGAGACAUUUUUUUCAUUUAAAAAUACGUUUUUGUAGAGCUGAAAUCUUACUCUAAAAUUAUAUAAACUAAAAAACACUAAGGAAAGAAUCUAAGGUGAAGUCUUUUUUUUUUGCUGCUAAAAAUGCUAACAACUAGAGCAGUGAUGAUAAAAUAAUGCCAUUUCAGUUAUUAUCACUAGCCCUUUAUUAUCAAUCGCCUUUUUCUCUGUUUCAUUUCUUGUAGUUAUCAGCCAAUUACCAGUAGUCAAAUAAUGGGAGAACCUGGCAGAGGCAAAUAUAUUGCACAUUCACUGGUAAAAACUGAUUAAUAAACUGCACUGAGAACUAGCUGAUUUCCUUAAAUCUUUGACUAGCACAUAAAUAUUUGUCUUCCAUACAUUUGGUUCAUAUCACCAGGAGUAACAGGGGUAACAAUAGUCAAGUGUAGAGGGAAAGGUGAAAUACUGUGCUUCCUCCUUUAAGCCUUAUAAAAGAGUACACUGUAAAAAUGGAAAAAAUGUUUCUCUAAAUGAAUACUUAGUACUAGGAUAUGCUUUCCCACCAUAUGUAGAUAGGUGUGUGUUGUCACUGUGUGAGAAUCUCAGGUGCCUGCUACUGAGUAUUCCUUUAAACAGAGGGUAAUGGGAAGUAAGGAGAUAUGUAUGUGUAUAUAUGGUAGUAACAUAGAGAAAUUCUUCCCAAGUGAGUCCAGGCAAAAUCUAGAGCAUGUCAGAAAUAUCCAAUUUAAUUAAAAAAAAUUGUUGAUUCAGUUGUUCCCAUGGUUGUUACCAAGAUAACCCUUUAUAAAAUGAGGAUCAGUUCUCCUCGUUUUGAAGCAGCAGGGCUUGUUUUAAAUUAGCUACUGGAUUCUUUACAGAUUAAUAUAUAAAUAACUAUGAUAAAGACGCCCCAUGAUUUUUAUAGAGAAAAGUUAUCUUGUUUCCUUAUUAAAAUAUCCCAUAAAACAAAAUAGUAAACAGAAAUGUUUAUUUGAAUCAAGUUUUAAAGGUUAUUUUAAAUGAUGGAGCCAAUGGCUGGGGGUGGAGGGAUUAACAGUGGAAAUCUUUUAGUUAGCAGUAGAUGGUGCUACUAGCCUUCAUUUGACUUAAUUAUAUUAGACUGCACUUAAACACUAAGGGUGUGCUAGUCAAGAGUGUGUGCUGACAGACUUUGGAGGUCACUAUUUACCCAUCGCUUUUUGCCUUUUUUGGCUUUUGUAAGUUCUCGAUGGUCAACAUAAAAUGUUUUGAGUAGAUGUGUUUAAUAAGUAAGUACUUGGUUUACCGGGAAGAACAAAGCACUACAGUCUUAACAUUGAGGAAGUACAAAUGGUGUUAUGACGAUUUAUACUUUACAUGGAAUUACCAAACUCCAUAUUAUGGAUUAGCAUUUUCCAAUAUUUCAUAUCCUAAACAUCCAAAUAAGUUGAUCAUCAGACUGGUUCUUUUGGGAUCCUUUUUACCCAGCUAUGCCCUAAAGGUGCAAUGUAUUUGGAGUGCUUUCAGAGAAACACUCUGAGAAUUGGCUGAUGACUGUGUAAGAAGACCUGUAUGUGUUUUGUCUUCCAAACCUGUUUAGUAUGUCCCAUUCACCAAACUGUUUUCUUAGAACUAGAAGUUACUUUUUAAAAAUGUGCCAUAGAUUCUGAAUUUGCAAAAAACAACUCUAAAUUCGCAGAAGAGUGUUUUGAGAAUCAUUUAAUAAAGGAAUGGUUUCUUGAUGUCAUUACUUUCAAGUAGACAGUAUCAUUUGGGUGUAUAGAUUAUACUUUAUUACUUUAAAGUUAAAUAUGGUAGCUUUUAAAACUCUUGUUUUCUAUUUUUUGUAUCUUUCUGGUAACCAGAAUUCUGUCUUGACUACUAUAGAAUUGUUGUUAUUGAAGGGAAAAUAGUUGGGGGGAAAUGGAAUUGAUUAUUUACGGUAGAAGUAAUUUAAGGAAACAGCCUUUACCUUCAUCAAUUUUUCCUCCCUAACAUAUUUUUACUCAGAUGAACAAUUUGAUUUUUGGUUUGGUUUUGGGCCACACCCAGUGGUGCUCAGGGCUUACUCCUAGCUGUGUGCUUAGGGAUCACUCGUGGUGGUGCUUUGGGACCAUAUGUGGUGCUGGGAUCAAACUGGGAUGACAAGUGCCUUAACCCCUCUACUAUAUUUCUAGCCUCAGCAAUUAGAAUUUAAAGAUUGGGUGUCACUGUAGAAAAAAAUAAUUCUGAAUUUAAACUUCCUUAUCACAGAUAAAGUAUUUAAAAUUGUAUUACUGUACCACAUGUAACUUUUAACGUUUUGAGUGUCCUUCUGCAGAUUGGGCUACACACAGGGUUGCAUUAAAAUACGUUUAACUAUAUGCCACGGGGGAAAAUUUAACUUACUUUGAGACUUAUCUGUGAUAUUCAAGAUUAUACAUAUGGUGUUUUAAUUGUAAUAGGGGUUGCACCUUGAAGUAUUCAGCUGGGAAGAACUUCAGGGCCACUGGGGCCACAACUGUGGUGCUUUGGGGAUGGAGGGGUGGAACGCGUAUGGAUUAACCUAGACCCUCACACUUUGAGAGCAUGUGCACUGUCAAUUGGAAUACAUCCCUGGCCCUUCUGCUUCUUAGAAAUGCUCCUCUAGAUCUAUAUUUUAUGGACCAUUUAAAUAUCAGGGGUUUGUUAAUGUUAACCGUAGCAUUUACUGUUUUCAGCAUUCAGUUUAAUGGUAUAGAAAUAAAUGUUUAGCGAUAAAGCUCUCAAGAUUUAAUGGAAAUUUUAAAAUUUGAGAUGUAAUAACUGCAUACAAUUUGAAUUUUUAAUGAUUUCUUACUAAACUACACAAUUUAUUUUGAAGAUAGAAAACUGCUCCAGGUCUCUACUUUCAGCCGAACUAAUAGAUUUUACAAAAGAGAAAAUAGAAAUUUAAAGUGUUGAGUACUCAGUUUUGCUGCUAUGAUUUUUUUCUGCAUAUAAAACCAUACAAUAAAACAAUUUGGAAUUAUGAUUCUCAGAAAUAGUAAAAACAUUGACCUUUCCCCCUCUAUGAUAUAUUUACUUACCAUUGCCUCUCCUUGGAAAUAAAUUUCUUCUUAAUAUAUUGAUUUUCUGUAUCUCAUCCCACUCCCAUCCCCAGCACACCAGUUUGGAAACAAAACAGUGAUUGGGUCUUGUCAUAAUCCUUAAGUAUUUUCUGUUAAUACGUAGAUUGCAGUUUAAGUGGAAGAUGCAAUUUACAUAUGCAGUUUUGGUUUUAGUUAAAUUAUGUCACUGAAGCUGAAUGAGAUUACCGUGGUAGUUAAAAUAAUGUUGAUGUUUAACUUCUCAUAUAUCUUUAAAUUCUUAUACAAUGAUGUCUCAUAGCUUUGCACAUAUUUUCAUUUGUUUCUAAAUAUCUUAAUUGUGCAGGCUGUAAACAACAUCACUCCAUUUUAAUUUAGAAACAAUAUUUCCUUAAUUUGUUCUGCAGAAGUUAACUAUUUUUAGGGGGAACUAGUUUUUUACGGCCACUAAAUUGUAUUCAUUAUUUUUGCACAUGUGUAAGUAGAUUGGUAAGGGCACUUAUUUUAUGGGGAACAAGUUACUUUUCUGUUUGAACACUUCCUAUGCUUUAUUACUGACAACUUUCUAGAAAUAGUGUCAUAAGAUCUAGAUUGAGAGAGAAUACAUUCUUCAGUGUGAGAAGUUUGAUGGAUCAUUUCUGAGGUCAAAGGUGUAAGAACAGAGCCAGGGCAGAAUAUGAAAUUAGGGUAGCCUUCACAUUAUGCAAAUAUUGCAGAGUGUGUAAGAUGGUCCCACUCACAUGGAGACAGACAGUUACUCUCUAUAUUCAAGUAGCUGGAAGGGGAAAAAAGAUGAUAAAAUAGGAAAUGCAAAUGGGUGCUGUAUUGUAAACUGUGCCAAGAUUACUCAGAUUGUAAUUGUUACUGAUAAAAGAGUAACAGCUUCAUUUUUAUUUCAAAAGGGUUACUGAAUGUUAGAAAAGCUCUAAGAUGUUUUCAUUGAGAGCUGUAAAUAACAUAUACAGAAAUGUAUGUGGCGGGAUGGGAAAUAUUUUAAUUCUAGAUUUUUUUUUAAAGAAACUGUUUAUUUAAAAUAUUAAUAAAUAGUUAUGUUUGGCCAUGAA